AACGCCUUGCCUCAGUGUGGGACGUGGACACGCGCUCGCACGGCGCGCACUGUGGGGAUACUUCACUCGACAGCCGCCUCUUUUUACGCGCGCACUUGGCGGGAAUUGCGGCGCGGGAAGGAUCGCGGCUGGGCUCUGAUGUUUGGGAGCAAUUGUGUUGAAGUGAUGCCUCGCUCUCCCUUGUAGGCACGCAUCGCGAGAAGUGGGGAUUUUUUUUUUUUUGGGGUGGCACAAGGAUGAUGAAUCAGGACACAUAAGUCAGCAAUUAGAUUACAAAUAAGGUGACUACAGAGAUGGUUGAGCCGCAAAUAUUUGCAUCUUCAAGAGGAUCUUAAAUAAUUCGAUACAUCACAGAAGAUGGGAGCUCUGCAAAUAUUCCUAUUUUUUCUCCUCCUGCACCAGGUCUCCUGCAGGAAAGUAGUCACUGGGGAGACAGAGCUCAUGGAGUGGGGGGACCCACACUCCUCUCCCACGGGGGCCAGUCCUCGGAUCCUCAACCCCCUGCGUCUGUUUGCCAGGCCCUCCCCGGGCCUGAAGGAAGUGUCCUAUUUACAGAACAUGGAGGACUUCUGGGACUGGUUAUCUAACCAGACAGAUGUUCAGGACCCACAGGCCAGAACUAAACGCAGGCCCAUCGUCAAGACCGGCAAGUUCAAGAAGAUGUUCGGCUGGGGAGACUUCCACUCCAACAUCAAGACGGUCAAACUCAACCUGCUGAUCACGGGCAAGAUCGUGGACCACGGCAACGGCACCUUCAGCGUCUACUUCCGCCACAACUCCACGGGCCUGGGCAACGUGUCGGUCAGCCUGGUGCCGCCCUCCAAGGUGGUGGAGUUCGAGGUGGCCCAGCAGUCCACGCUGGAGACCAAGGACACCAAGUCCUUCAACUGCCGCAUCGAGUACGAGAAGACGGACCGCAACAAGAAGACGGCGCUGUGCAGCUUCGACCCGUCCAAGGUGUGCUAUCAGGAGCAGACGCAGAGUCACGUGUCCUGGCUCUGCUCCAAGCCCUUCAAGGUCAUCUGCAUCUACAUCGCCUUCUACAGCGUGGACUACAAACUGGUGCAGAAGGUUUGUCCCGACUACAACUACCACAGUGACACACCUUACUCCUCCACCGGAUGACAUCAUCUUUAAGUCAUGGCGGCCUUCCAACCACCCGUCUCCUCCGCACCGGGCAGGAAGUCACCUUCAGAUACUUCCUGUUUGCAUCAAGCUACUUGGGUCUCCACAGCACCAUUUCAUUGGGUACUUUUUGGAGCGGUACUGUGAGUACUAGGGAUGCACAAAAUAUCGAUUCACAUCAGAAACACAAUUUUCUUUUAUCCCGAUUCUGAAUCGAUAC